AUGGCCGAUUAUGAACAACAAGCAAAUAAUUUAAUUAAUGAAGCACAAAAGAAGCUCAACUCUUGGAAAAUAUUCUCGUUUUUUGGUCCCUCAAACAAAUAUGAAGAAGUAGCAGAGAUUUAUGAAAAGGCAGGCAACAUGUAUAAACUAGCUCAACAAUGGCAAAAGGCAGGUGAUGCUUUUACAGAGGCAGCCAAAUUAUUUCAACGUGGGAACUGUGCCAAGUUUGAAGGUUCAAGAGCAUAUGAUAACGCGGCCAAAAGUUAUAAGCGUAUGGAUGCCAAAGCUGCUGUUGGUGCUUUGAAGGAGGCGAUCAUUUUAGAUCAAGAGGGCGGCAAUUUUCGGUCUGCGGCAAAGCACUAUCAAGAUAUUGCAGAGUUAUAUGAAAGUGAUAUAGCAAGUCCACAAGAUGCUUAUGAAGCAUAUCAAAAAGCAGCAGAUUUGUACAAUGCAGAUGAUUCACCAGCUUUAGCCAACAAAUGCUUAUUGAAAGUGGCUCAAUUUGCAGCAGAUUUGAAACUCUAUCAGGUGGCUAUUGAAAAAUAUGAACAAGUGGCCUCAGCAGCUGUAGAUGAUCCUUUACUUAAAUGGUCUUUGAAAGACUACUUCUUCAGAGCCGGUCUUUGUCACUUGUUGACAGGUGAUAUGGUCAAGACAACUCAAGCAUUAGCAAAUUAUUGUAAUAUGGAUGUAUCAUUUGAGUCAACUAGAGAAUAUGGAUUACUGAAAGGAAUUAUAGAAUGUAUCGAUGAAGGGGAUGUUGAUCGAUUCACACAGUUAGUAUUUGACUAUGAUAAAUUAUCAAGAUUAGAUCCUUGGAAGACAGCUGUGUUAUUGGAGAUUAAAAAGACGAUCGAAAGUGAAGAUUUACGUUAA